AAAAGAAAAAAAGAGUACAAAAUAAGCAAAACUACUUCUUCGUUUGGUUCUACCGUUCAAAAUGGAGUUAUUACAGAACUGAGUUUCGUUGACCACAAAACUCAAUCCUCUGAAGAACACAAUCAAACCAAACCAAACCCAUGUCUAAUUCCAACUCCCUCUUUCCACUUUUGAUUCUCACACUCACACUCACAUUGCUACUACCAACAGCUUUAACUUUAUCACAGCCAAAACCAAUACAGGCUUUGCUCAAACACUUGGACUCAAAGAGGGCAUCUCCUUCUGUUCAAGAAGCUGCAGCCAAAGCUGUUCUUAAGAGAUUGCUUCCUGAGUGCUAUGUACCCAGUUUCCAAUUCAAGAUUGUCCCUCGUGAUGUUUGUGGUGGACAAAGUUGCUUUUUGAUAAGUAAUUACAACUCCUCAAGCAAGAAUAGGCCUGAGAUUGUGAUUAAAGGAACCACAGCUGUAGAAAUUGCAUCUGGCCUCUAUUGGUACAUAAAGUAUUGGUGUGGUGCUCAUGUUUCAUGGGACAAGACUGGUGGAGUUCAGAUAGCUUCCAUCCCCAAGCCAGGAUCACUGCCUCUUGUAAAAGACGAUGGGGUGAUGAUUCAGCGGCCAGUCCCAUGGAACUAUUACCAGAAUGUUGUUACAUCUAGUUAUUCCUAUGUUUGGUGGGACUGGGAAAGAUGGGAGAAAGAGGUAGAUUGGAUGGCUCUUCAUGGGGUGAACCUGCCUUUAGCAUUUGUUGGCCAAGAAGCCAUUUGGCAGAAAGUUUUCAUGGAUUUUAAUAUUAGCAAGGAUGAUUUGAAUGAUUUCUUUGGUGGACCUGCUUUCCUUGCUUGGGCUCGCAUGGGAAAUUUACAUGGGUGGGGUGGACCCUUAACUCAAAAUUGGUUAGAUCAGCAAUUAGCUCUACAGAAACGGAUAUUAUCUCGGAUGCUAGAGCUAGGAAUGACGCCUGUGCUGCCAUCAUUCUCUGGGAACAUUCCAGCAGCCUUGAAGAAGAUAUCUCCUUCAGCAAACAUAACUAAACUUGGAAACUGGAACUCUGUUGAUGCUAAGUGUCGUUGGAGCUGUACUUACCUUCUGGAUCCCUCUGAUCCUUUAUUUGUUGAGAUUGGGGAGGCUUUCAUUAGGCGACAAGUUAAAGAAUAUGGGGAUGUGACAGACAUUUACAACUGUGAUACAUUCAAUGAAAAUUCCCCACCUACAAAUGAUCCAACAUAUAUAUCGUUGCUUGGAGCUUCUGUCUACAAAGCAAUGUCCAAAGGUGACAAGGAUGCAGUGUGGUUAAUGCAGGGUUGGCUCUUCUCUUCAGACUCUGCAUAUUGGAAACCACCCCAAAUGAAGGCACUUUUACAUUCUGUUUCAUUUGGGAAAAUGAUAGUUCUUGAUUUAUAUGCUGAUGUCAAACCAAUAUGGAAAAAUUCGUCUCACUUUUAUGGUACUCCUUAUGUCUGGUGUAUGUUGCAUAACUUUGGUGGAAAUAUUGAAAUGUAUGGCAUCUUGGAUGCAAUCUCCUCAGGUCCAGUUGAUGCCCGUGUCAGUAAAAAUUCAACCAUGGUUGGUGUUGGUAUGUGCAUGGAAGGGAUAGAGCAAAAUCCAGUUGUUUACGAGUUGAUGUCUGAAAUGGCCUUUCGGAGUGAAAAAGUUCAACUUUUGGAGUGGUUGAAGUCCUAUUCCCACGGACGCUAUGGCAAAGCAAUUCAUCAAGUUGAGGCAGCUUGGGAAAUUCUUUAUCACACAAUUUACAAUUGUACGGAUGUAAUAGAAGAUCAUAACACUGAUUUCAUAGUCAAAUUCCCAGAUUGGGAUCCAUCAAAUACCAGCUCUCCUUUGCCUCAGGCACAUUUAUGGUAUUCUACUCAGAAGGUGAUCAAAGCCUUGAGACUUCUAAUUGAUGCUGGAAAUAAUUUUGCUGGAAGCGUUACAUAUAGGUAUGACUUGGUGGACUUAACACGGCAAGUACUGUCAAAGGUAGCAAACCAAGUAUAUUUGGAUGCUGUGACUGCUUUUCGACAGAAGGAUUUAAAAGCUUUAAAUCUUCAUAGCAAAAAAUUUAUUCAGCUCAUAAAGGAUAUUGAGAUACUUCUUGCUUCUGAUGACAAUUUUUUACUUGGAACGUGGCUCAAAAGUGCAAACAAGUUGGCAAAGAAUCCUCAAGAGCUGAAGCUGUAUGAGUGGAACGCAAGAACGCAAGUCACAAUGUGGUUUGAUAACACAGGAACCAUACAGAGCAAACUUCAUGAUUAUGCAAACAAAUUCUGGAGUGGACUACUUGAAGGCUACUAUCUACCUCGAGCUUCAACCUAUUUUGACUUUUUGUUAAGAAGCUUGAGAGAAAAAGAAAACUUCAAGAUGGAGGAAUGGAGAAAGGAAUGGAUUUCGUUUUCGAACAAAUGGCAAGCAAGCCAAGAGCUUUAUCCGGUGGCGGCUGAAGGAGAUGCACUUGCUAUUUCUAAAGCCUUGUAUGAGAAAUAUUUUGGUAAGAAGAAUUGGAAAAAGAAUAAGUAUCAUUUUGAAACAAGCGGCAAGCGGGUACUGCGCUUCACCCAGUGAAGGCCAAUGGAUUGCACGUGCCAUAUCUAAAGCCUUGUAUGAAAACAUUUUAUGUUACAUACUUGGGGGAUUCUUUAUAAGGUCAAAUAUGAAGAAAGGAUGAUGUAAUUUGUUAAAUAAUCAGAUAUGUUCUUGAUAAUAUUUAUUUAA